UUUACCCUGUCCGACAGUAAAGGGAACACCAGGUGGGCGUGAAGUUAUAAGUCCAUAACAUUUAGUUUGUGAGCACAUUUCACUUGCUUCUAUUAUUUUUGUAUCCUGCAACUUUUAACUUUAGAAUCAACGGUUUUGCAGAUAGGCGCUACACGAAGCCCAAUCUCAGAUUAGUCAAUAAGGCGAGCCUAGACAGGUUACUGAAAGCUGAAAUAUACGUGAACGAGACUGAUGGUCAGCUUCGGGCAGCACAUUUAAUUCUUGGCUAUACCCUCUUUCUUUCGCAUUUCAGGCGCCGAAGUGCGUGAUUAGAGCAUGCGAUCCUCGGCUUCACCGUAUCAGUGUUGCCUACGAAGGGUUUCUCGUUCCAGAGGGUAUUCCGCUUCCUCAGUACGCACCUCGAACGGAGCCUCUUUUCGUAGCCGGCGUCUCGGCGGGACCUUCUUUACCCUUACCUUCCCUCAAGAAAAAGGGAACAAAGAGGGGAAAGAAAAAGGGAGAAGGCGAGGGGACCGUUGUAGCAGUAUCUGAAUCCUUGGACGAUUUCGGGGUUUUUAAUCAGCCCACAAGCCCCGAGGAAGACCCUGACGAGAUGGGGAUACAAAGGAAACCCCAGAAAAGCUUGCUGGAGCUAAUGGAAGGUCAAUCAGGAGAAUCUGUACCUGCCAAAACAAUUCUAUCCCAGGCUUCAUCCCUUCCAGCCAAGUCUCCUCCUGUCGCUCCUCGCCACUCUCCUCGUUCAUCUCCACAACCAACGCUUCCCGACGCUGACGAGCAGAAAAAGCGCAGGGGUUAGAAGGGCAAGGAGGUGACGGAUACGAACAAGUCUUAUCCCACUCGUGAGGAGGAUGACCAUCGAGCUGCAAAACAGCAGAAAACUAAGCACCCGGCCACGCGGGGCCAAGAGAAAUCUGAUUCCCCUCAUCCUGAGCCACAAGCGUGGUUGCCAGCACCUAUGCAUGGUGGGGAGCCACUGCGAGACGAUGCAUCUAUAAGGGACUAUAAUGGCGGCAUUGGGUGUCACGUAGCCUCGGCCAUAGAGGAAGCCUUGUUGCUCCCAAAAGAUAUGGCCGAGAUAAAGAACAUGAGGAAAAAUGAACUCAUCCUUGACAACAAACGAUAUUUGGGCAUGAUCAUCCAAAAUACUUUCAAGCUAGAUGAGAUGCUCAAUGCAUGCUCCAACCAGCUAGAUGGCAAAAGGAAAAGGAGGGUAAUGGCUGUACAGACCUUGUCCAAAUCCGAGCAGGAUUUGGCCGACGCAAAGAAGAAACUACAGGCCGAAGAGGAAGCUCGCAAGAGCGCAGAAUCGUUAUCAGAAGGCUAUCAGAAGCAGGCUGAGGAACAUGCAAGGCUUCUACGCGAGACGAAUGCCGAGCUGAAAAAGACUUAGGAGCAGGUUCUUGUUCUUAAGAAGCACCUAGAGGAGACUCAGAAACUAAGGGAGCAAGCUGAAAAGCUCAAAGAGCAAGUCGAGAAAGCCAAAAUCAAUGCUGAGCAGGCAAUGAAUGAAGCCGAGCAGAGAGGCUACGAAGUUGGGAUAGCUGAAACUGAGAAGGUUUUGAGAGCCGAGGUUCCGGAGGUAUGCCGCAUCUACUGCGCGAGAACUUGGAGCGAGGCCCUUAACCGUGCUGGGGUUGAAGCCUCAUCUGAGCUACGUAGGCCAGAGAACGUAUAUUACCCCGAGGCGAUACGCCCCUCAACUCCUCAACCCUAUCAGGGUGAUGCUCCUUCUCUAGUUAUUAACCUUAACGAGGAGGUUUUGCCUCGCAAUUCUCCUCCUCGCGGCCAACUGGAAUCGACGAAAGUGGGACUUGCCCUUCCAGGAGCUUCCUCAAACAAGAUCACCACCGCUUUGGAGGCAUGGACGGCCUCCCAUGGUUUUCAACAAGAAUUGGACUCCACGGUUCUACCAACUGGGGGAAUUACCGAAGCCAAAGAUGACAUUGCAACUUCGGAGGCAGACCUACCCGCCAGCCAGACCUCCCAGAUCCAGUUGAAAUUAAAAAAGUAAAGCCCGUUUUGUAACUUAAAAAUAGACACUUACUAAUGAAUUUUUAUGCUCAUUUACUUAUUGUUCUAGCGGCUCUAUGUUAUCUUUACACUCAUUCACUUCGUCGUUGUAA